AUGCAGCAGUCGAGCGUCGAGGACGGCAGCUUCGCCAACAAUUCCCUGGGCUUCCGGCCCAUUGUGCUCUACGACAUGCGGCUGGACAUGGCCGACGAAUCCCUGACGCUGUCGCGCUCGAGGAAGGAGCAGCAGCUCCCGCACUUCUCCACGCUCUCGAGCUGCGAGCUCGACGACAUCGACGCCAACUGCUCAGCUCAACUAUCCCCACACGAUCUGCGUCAGGGCAGAACGCCCACCUCACAGCCUUUUCAGGCGGAAGAGUACUCUCCGCCGCCUCGAUCUCGGGGCCGAGGGCCUGCAACGGCCGACACCAUGUUCAACUAUCGAGCGCUGGGCAGUUUACGCAGCGGGCUCGCUCCGAUCGCGCUGCUGAGUCGGUGGCACGCCGGCCUUGCAGUCACCGCCUUCGUGCUAGGCGCGGCGAAGGGCGUCGUGCGCGCAGCAUAUCGGCCAUUGCUAUUGACGACCUUGAAUGAAAAGUUCAACAGGAAAUAUGAUCCAGACGCAGCGCUACUGGACUGGGCCGACAUGCUCUCGGUGCUCCUCGGUCUCUUCUCGGAUUGUAUGCCGAUCUACGGCACUCGACGGAAGGCGUACAUCGCACUGGGCUGGAUCUUGAGUGGGGUGAGCUAUGCCAGCGUGUAUGGGAUCUAUAAAGACCAGAUCCAGGACGUUCAAACGCCCGGCAGGAUCUUCGGACGGUUGCUCGAGGCGUGGAGUGUUGCAGGCUCCUUUGCGCUUCAACUGUCGUGGGUGGCAGCGCUAGCGCUUGUGGUCGGCUUCGGACAGCGCGAGACUCUUAGUGAGCGAGGCGGGUUGGCAAUGCUCUUCCUGGUGCUUUGGCAAGCGGGGAACCUCGUGGCUCUCAUCGGCGUCGCGGAGCUCCAGUCGACGCUGACCCUGCUACAUACCAGCGCUUGUCUCGCUACGGCUUCGCUGGUUGCGUUGCUUUCCGUGCUCUGCUUCUUGUACGACGACGACGACCAGGAGUCGACGGUCACGCUGGCAGCGUCAACGAAGCGGGUCGGAGUGGUGCCAGCGCUGCGUACAGGGGUUAUCCAGGUGUGGGAGGUCUGCCAGGAGAAGGUGACGUAUCACGUACUGCUCUUCUUGUUGAUCUACGGAGUUCUGCUCAAGGCUCGCGACCCCGGCGUACACAAAGCUCUUGCUACUUGGAGUGGCUUCGGGUUUGACGAUAGCGUUCGGGCUGAGAGCCCGUGGGUGCUGGUUGUCGAGAGUGGUGUGGCACUCAUAGCUCUGCUUCACGCGAAGUGGAGACUGCUGACUACAGCUUGGAGACGGCUGGCAUUUGUCGGAGUUGGUGUCGUAGUGGUGGGUUCCCUUGUUCAAGCCACGCUUAUUGCGACAGAUACUGUCAGGAGCAAGUGGUUCUUCUCGCUGUUCUGUGGGCUCGUCGUUUGGCCCAAGACGUGGAUUCUGCUGUUCAUUGUGCUGACAGCGACGGAGGUGACGCACGUUGGCUGCGAGGGCGUCACGAUGGGUCUUGUCCUCUCUGGUCAGGGCCUUGGUACCUCAGCGUUAAACGCGGUCACUGAAUGGAUCGGCCGCGCCACCAACACUAAAGUCACGCAGCAGCUCAUUGCGGAAGACUCGCACUCCACACGAAGUCGGAUUCUGUUCGCUGCCAUAGCUUAUGCAGCUGUCAACUUGCUAGCGGCAUUGGCUGUGCCAUGGCUCCCUAGAUCCAAGAUCGAAACGCAGCAGCUUCGAGCGUUCGGAGGCUACAGCAGAAGAGGAGCCGCGCUGAUUGUGGCGAUCUUUGUACUCCUGCUAGCUCUCGCCAUCACCGCAAACUUUGAAGUUGUUUAG